UGGCUAUAAAUAUUGGUCAGUUUAGUCGUGAACAACGAGCAGCUUGGUAUUGAAAAUGGGCAAAUUUAUGGAAAAAAUUAAGGACUGGAUUACGGCGGAGAGAGUGGCAAUUUUCUUUGGUCUGCUGUCUACUUGCUUGGCUGUAGCUCUCGUGGUUACGUUAGUGCAUAGGGAUAACCUGAUGCUGCAGUUGUCCGAGGCCAGAGAAAAGCUGGAUGUGCUGGAGGAUUUUAUACAAACUCAUGCGAUCUCUGAUAUUUCCAGCAAGUUGCAAGCACAUAAGCGUAAUGAGCUGUGA